AUGUGUUCAUUAUAUUUCCCACACAAUAUUUCUUGGUUGGUCGUGUUACUUUUACAUACCGUCACGGCCGCAGCUGGCAACACUUCCAUCGUUAUCCCAGAUCAGCCAAGUGCUGCCAGCACAUCGACUCACUAUCAAGUCCAAGCCCGGCCCAUUGGAAGCUUGGCUUGGAAUACAGUGCCCCUGUAUACCACAACGGUAGCAGAAAUAAAUGCCACAACUGGAAGCUCCAAGAAGCACGCAACUCAAUUCGGUCUAUUCGACUUUGACGGAACGGUGCAGAUAGCAGUUACUCCAAACAUCACAGUGUUUCCAGAGAUCUCCUCAGUCAGGGUACGGCCUCUCAGUUAUGGCAUCAUUCCAGAGACUGUCAAUGGGACAAUCACGUUCAACGUCUCUCAACCAUAUAACAACAUUGUCAUUGAGAUCAACGAGGACGUCUUCGAUGUCGUUCAUUUGUUCACCAGCGAAAUUGAACGAAAUGUCAUCACUGAACAACAAGCCGCGGGCCGGGAAGAUAUCAUAUACUAUGGUCCAGGAUAUCACACUCUAUCCGAAGUCCUUAACUUGAGUUCCGGAGAGACAUUGUACUUGGCCUCGGGAGCUUAUCUACAGUUUCCAAGCCCGAGUGGCACCUCUGUGAAUAUUACAAACGCCAGCAAUGUAAUCAUCCAAGGACGCGGAUUUCUGUCGGCCGGCAUCAACAUACAAAUGUCAAGUAAUAUCUCAAUUGACGGCGCCUUUGUGUCUACAGGGGGCUUCCUUAUUGCGCAGUCCCACGAUGUGCAUAGUCGAGGCUGGCGUAGUAUCACUAGCCACCAGUGGGGUGAUGGGAUGGAUAUCUACUGCAGCCAGAACGUGCUCGUGGAGAAGGCUUUCAUCAGAAGUUCAGACGACUCAAUCGCACUCUACCAGCACCGCAACAAUUGGUGGGGCAACUCCUCCAAUAUCACAAUGCGCGACUCUUCGCUAUGGGCGGAUGUCGCCCAUCCCAUCAACAUUGGCACGCAUGGAAACCCCGACGAUCCCGAGACAAUGGACGGCAUCACGUUCCAAAACAUUGACAUUCUUGACCACAGAGAGCCGCAGAUUGAUUACGAGGGCGCCAUUGCUUUCAGCGUGGGCGACGAGAACACGAUACAGAAUGUGCUGUUGGACGACAUUCGCGUAGAGAACUUUCGGUGGGGGAUGCUCUUUUCACUCCGAGUCAUGUACAACGCGAAAUAUAACACUGCGCCUGGCCGCGGGAUCAAGAAUGUGACGAUACGCGAUUUAGUCUUCUCGUCGACCCCAGAUUUGAAUCACGUCGUCAACACAGCUUCCAUCUAUGGUUACGCCGAGGAUAGAUCUAUCGACUUCAUUGACUUUCAAGGUCUGGUCAUUAAUGGAUUGCACAUUUGGGACAACAUGACGAAGCCGGCUUGGUAUGUCACGACAGAUUAUAUACCUGCAACAGUUGGCAGUUUCGUAAACAAUCUUACGUUCUCUUCGUAG